AUGUGUGACGAUGAAGAGACUACUGCACUUGUUUGUGACAAUGGCUCCGGGCUUGUAAAAGCUGGAUUUGCUGGAGAUGAUGCCCCAAGGGCAGUAUUUCCAUCUAUUGUUGGGCGUCCCCGUCACCAGGGUGUUAUGGUGGGUAUGGGUCAGAAAGACUCCUAUGUAGGUGAUGAGGCCCAGAGCAAGAGGGGCAUCCUGACUCUAAAAUAUCCAAUUGAACAUGGGAUCAUCACCAACUGGGAUGAUAUGGAGAAGAUCUGGCAUCACACCUUCUACAAUGAGUUGCGUGUUGCCCCAGAAGAACAUCCUACCUUACUUACUGAGGCUCCACUGAACCCGAAGGCCAACCGAGAAAAGAUGACCCAAAUCAUGUUUGAGACCUUCAACGUUCCAGCUAUGUAUGUUGCAAUUCAGGCAGUGCUUUCUCUUUAUGCUUCUGGCCGUACCACUGGUAUUGUGCUAGACUCCGGUGAUGGUGUAACCCACAAUGUCCCCAUUUAUGAGGGUUAUGCUUUGCCACAUGCAAUUAUGCGCCUUGACUUGGCUGGUCGUGACUUAACGGACUAUCUGAUGAAGAUCCUUACAGAGCGUGGUUAUUCUUUUGUUACAACUGCUGAACGUGAAAUUGUUCGUGAUAUAAAGGAAAAACUGUGCUAUGUAGCUCUAGACUUUGAGAAUGAGAUGGCCACUGCUGCUUCCUCUUCCUCCUUGGAGAAGAGCUAUGAGCUGCCUGAUGGGCAAGUCAUCACAAUUGGUAAUGAGCGGUUCCGUUGCCCAGAGACUCUCUUUCAGCCAUCCUUUAUUGGUAUGGAGUCUGCUGGCAUUCAUGAGACAACCUACAACAGCAUCAUGAAGUGUGACAUUGAUAUUAGGAAGGACUUGUAUGCUAACAAUGUCAUGUCUGGUGGAACCACCAUGUACCCAGGUAUUGCUGACCGUAUGCAGAAAGAAAUCACUGCUCUGGCUCCAAGCACAAUGAAGAUCAAGAUCAUUGCUCCACCUGAGCGAAAGUACUCUGUUUGGAUUGGGGGCUCCAUCUUGGCUUCUCUGUCCACCUUUCAGCAAAUGUGGAUCACAAAACAGGAAUAUGAUGAAGCUGGUCCAUCUAUUGUCCACCGUAAAUGUUUCUAA